AUGGCAGGUGAUAAACUGAUCAAGAACGAGGAGACAGGGAAGCUUCUAGGGUUCAAGAAGAUUCUCAAGUUCUGCCUAAAGAAGACGAAGACGAGAGGCAGAGAGUACAAGAGAAGCUGGGUUAUGGAAGAGUAUAGACUUGCGAGUAAAUGGAACCCUAAGCAAGAUCACGUGAUCUGCAAGAUUCGGCUUUUGUUCCAAGCCGAAAUAGGUUUCUUGCUAUCCAAGCAUUUCUCGUAUUCAUCUGGUCCGCUUCCCGCAACACGAUCGUUGCCAUGUUAUGGAUACCGUUUACGUAAUGGAGGAGAGGUGGGUGCAUACCUGCAGAACUUGAUCGGUUACGGAAACGAAUGGCCUAGCUACGUGUUGGGAAAAUUAGCGGAUAAUAUUUUCUUCGAGAGGUUAAGAUGGAAUGUAGACGGUUUAUGUUCGAGAUAA